CUUGCGAUUAAACUUCGAGUCCGGUAUGCAUCAGGCUUUCCUAAAGUUCCACGAUAAUCUGCCUAAUUACUUGCCUAACACCAUUUUCGUCAAGUAGACAAUAAACCCUCUCCACUCUACCAAUAAAGACAAGAGUCAACAUGCCCGUCCGCAUCCCAGCCGCAAGAGCAUCUGAAGGUGUUGCUUUCGGUCUCGCCGGUGUUGGUGCCUUCGCACCCUUCUACUUCAUGCUCCCCGGCGCCGAGGAGCGUCUCGCUUCACAGACUGCCCGAUGGGCACCGCGCUGGGAGCGCAACAUUUCCUACUUUGCUCCACCAGCACGAACUGUCGCCCAACGAGUCGAGCCUCGAGUUGGAAAGACUGUCAAGAAGAUCGAUGACAAGCUACCCCUCGAGAAGAUGACGAAGAGUGUCGACCGACGCAUCAAGCAUGGGAUAGACCGCUUCAACAAGAACUGAGGAGGAUGACCGUGGCAGUGUAUGUGGCCAAAGGUCUCAGGGAUGAAGACACCAUGUCUUGUCUCUCUCUGUUUUAUGUAACGCUGAUGGAGGUCGGCGUACAUGAGCGCUUAUCGCUCUCGACCAAUUGAUCACAAUUUGACACCAAUGCAAA